CGUAGCAGGCCGUUUGAUAAUUUUACAGCGCAAAUCCACGAAAAUAGUUUUAUAGAUAACGCACAGUUAUGUGUGCAUGACAGAACGACGAAGAGGGACGUAUUGUAGUGGUACACAUUUCCUGUUUCCUAGCAACGAGCAGGAAGUAUGUGGAAUGGGAUGGAAGAAAAAAGAAUCGAAGAAGACUGGUCUUUUAGGAAUAGAAAAAACUUUGUGCCCUCAUGGUGUACCUGCAUCAUUUCUACUACAGAAAGUAAAUGUAAUAUUCAAUGGAGUGGUACUAAAUUAUCAGAUUCCAUUCUUGUGCAGCCUUCCUAUUUGGACCAUACAAUGGAUGUAAGCUGUUGUGAUAUGGAGGAGCUGGGAAUCUGAUGUAUUUUCCCCACAAUUAUCUAGCUCAAAUAUUUACAGUACUAUCCUGUAAUGGCUAUGCAAGAGCCUGGCAGGACCAAAGGCUUCCCUUGCAAACACUGUGGCAUCGUGUGCUCCAACAUGCCAAGCCUUCUGGAACACAUGGAUAGUCACUUCCAGCAAGAGGAAGAUCGCAAGUUCAAAUGCGAUGAAUGUGGGCGGUGCUACAGGCAUGCAGGUAGCUUGGCUAACCACAAGAAAACACACGAGUUGGGUUCUUUUCAAUGUCCAAUAUGUGCUAGGAAGCUCUCAAACCCUCUGGCCCUGAAAAGCCAUCUGCGCAUCCACACAUCACAGAAGAAGUACUCCUGCAUGGACUGUGGGAAGGCCUUUAGGUUAGCUACUCAGCUGGCCACCCAUCAAAAGGUCCAUCUCUCCAGGCAAUCAAAGAGGAGUGCCGCUGCAGAAUAUUCUCCAAUUGAGAAUAGAGAUGAAAUUGAGGAUAAUGAUGACCUUGAUAAGCAGUUGGUCUUGGUGGCUGACCAGGAAGACACAAGGAUGGAUAUUAUGUCUGAUAAUAGCCUUAGCCAGGAGGAGGCAGAGGUUAUCCCCAACUCAGCAAAUGAUAGUGAAAACCUAGGCUUCAAAGCAGGGGAUCGACCUUUCAAAUGUGAUCAGUGUGAAAAGUCAUAUAGACACCAUGGAAGCCUGAUCAAUCAUAAGAAGUCUCACCAGGUAGGGAUGUUUGAGUGCCCUGUCUGUUUCAAGCAGUUCUAUAAUCUUGCUGCCCUCCAUAGUCACCAGAGAACCCACAACAAGUCCAGAAGUGGGCCAGACACCCGUUCCAUGGAAGUCACUUACGCAGGCACAACACCAGAGCAGUUUUCACCCCUGAACAGGGAGGCUCCAGUCCAUUUCUGCCACCUGUGUCAAGUGAUGUUUCCUAAUGAUGAUGAGUUCCAGGAACACAUCCAAAUGCAUAAUUCUUCCUCUAUGUCGUUUGGGCACAAUCAAGGUUUAUCUGAGGAUCAUCAUGUCUCUUAUGACCUUAGUGUCACUCCUUCUCCUGACUCAAACUUUUAUUCACCACCUCUAAACAAUACUCCAUCGAUGGAUCAUCAGGGGGAGCAGAUCAAUGAUAUUCAAAAAUACUCUGACCACUCCAGUAACGAAUCCACCUUAAAUACUCAGGGAAACCCCUUAAUCUUGGAUUCAGAGAUUUCUGCUGACGAUCUAAGUAAGGCAGAGCAGUCCUCAGUUACAGAAAACGGUGAGCGCCGCUUCAAGUGCCAGGUCUGUGGCAAAAGCUACCGGCAUGCAGGGAGUCUCAUCAACCACAAGCGUUCUCAUCAGACGGGCAUUUACCAGUGUUCCAUCUGCCGCAAGACUUACCCACACAUGGCUGCCCUCCACAGCCAUGUCCGCAUCCACAGGGCCCAUUCGUCCUCCUUCAACCUCGGUUCUGAAGGAGACUGGCUCUCUUCUGAGCCCCUAACGCUGGAGAACCAGCAGGCCUGCUUUUCCUCUCAGGAGGGUGAUGCUAGCAGUAUGAUGACUCUCGCUCAGGAGAACACGAGUGAACAAGGCAAUGGAGGAUCAUGCCAUGUGCAGUUUGACUCCGCCUUUCCCCAGGACAGAACUGUGCACCUACCUCACAACGAACACCUGAUGGAGAGUCACAUGUGCGCAGACUGUGGUGAAACAUUUGCAGACAUCGCAGGAAUCAAGUCGCACAUAUGCCCCCUGCUACAACAGCAGCAAGAUGCCGUGUCAAAUGACUAUGACAGUAACUUAACCUUCCUGGACACUAAUGGCCAAUGCACCAUGGGAAAUCCAGGAGAUCAUAUAGAGUUCCAGGGACUGAAUGGCAGCCCUAGACAAAGGUACUUUGGUGAACACAACUUCCAUGAAGGCCUGAAUGGGGAGCAGUUAAAUGGUGGUGAUGGCAAAGAUGAAGAGGAUGAUGACGGAGAGCUCUAUCAGUGCUCGGCGUGUGGGAACCGCUACACAAGCAUGAGGGCUCUGAGGAGCCAUCUUCGUGGCCACACUCAAUCCCAUGGUACUCCUACAAGCUCCGGCCCCUCCUCCAUGUCCUCCCUAGAGGCUGAAAAAGAAGAGGACCCUGGAGAGAGACAGCAGAUGGAUGGGGGUCUGAUGAUCUGCAGUACUUGCGGAGAGAGUUUUGCCAAGAAGCAGGACAUGCUUGCCCAUCAGCUCUUACACAAUAAAGCACAGGCAGAUGAUGCUAAACACGUACAUAUGGACAAUAGUGAUGGAACUAGGCACAAAGAGGAGGUGGACAGCAUAAUCUGUGGACAUUGUGGUAUGUUUUGCACCAGUUACCAUCAUCUUGAGACCCAUCAAUGUACAACAAAUGGGAAAAGUGAAUCUGCAAACUGUGUUGAAAAAACCGAAAUGGGUGACUCUGUCAACAGUAAAGAAUUAGGACACAUGAAAGAGAAUUUAAACAAUGGAGAUCGCCAGUACAAGUGUGAUCAGUGUGGAAGAGUAUACAGACAUGCUGGCUCCCUUCUCAACCAUAAAAAGUCCCACAAAACGGGAGUAUUCCGCUGCAUGGUUUGCCAGAAGCGCUUCUACAAUCUACUGGCCCUUAAGAACCAUCAGAGGACCCACUUUGAUGUUAAGAGAUAUACUUGCAAUGAAUGUGGGAAGGCAUUCAAGAUACAGAAGCAGCUAUUGAACCACCUAAGAAUUCACAAGGAGAACCAUGCCAAAAUACAGGAGCUCAACAACCAGAUUCAGGCCCUCAUGCAGAUGAAUGGGACGAGGUCAGAGGGAGGAAUGCACUUGUUAAAUGCACCUGCCAAUCAAGCCACCACCACCCACAAAAAGCGUAGGCCAACCCUCAACAGAGAGAAACCCAGUGUGGAGGAGGGGGUUGAGACUGGAGUCCAAUCAGUGGAAGCAGGCGACCCUCGCCCCUACUCCUGUGACCAAUGUGGGCGAACGUAUCGGCACGCAGGAAGUCUGGUCAACCACAAGAACUCCCACAAGACCGGUGAAUACUACUGCUCUGUUUGUAACAACACCUACUCCAACCAACUGGCUAUGAAGAACCACCUGCGCAUCCACUUCUCAGUUAAAAAGCACAGUUGUCAAGACUGUGGUAAGGCGUUUAGGGGAAAGAAGCAGUUGUCUAGCCAUAUUUGCACACACCUCAGAAAGGAUAUGCCUGGAGGGGUCAGGGGAAGAGGUCGCAGACGAGCAAGAAACAUUACAUGUAAUCAGUGCAGACUGACGUUUAUAUCUGCUGAGCAACUGACAGCCCAUACCUGUGGGUCACUGGCAAACUCAUCAGAGGGCAGUGAUGGACAAACGAGUAUGUCCUUGAAAAGGGAGGAGCGACCAUUCACCUGCAUCAUCUGCAAUCGCAGCUACCGCCACGCAGGCAGUCUCCUGAAUCAUAAAAACACUCAUAAGUCUGGCCACUUCAGCUGCACUUUCUGCUCCAAGCCCUUCUCUAACCCCAUGGCGUUACGCAACCACACACGAAUCCACACACAGAAGAAGAAGCACGUCUGCCUGACCUGCGGGAAGGCGUUUCGGCUGGCCAGUAUCCUCCAUAACCACCAGAAGGUCCACACCAGGGUGGCCAGCCACUUCAGCUGCCCAGAAUGUGGCAAGACCUUCCAGGGCAAGUCUGGGCUGAAGAGGCACCGCUGCCGGGGGGGUCAGGAUGACUCGGCUAGAGCUGGUGACAGCUAUCACAGAGAUAGUGGAGACAAGUGCUUCACGUGUGACCUGUGUGGACGCUCAUACCGCCAUGCUGGCUCCCUGCUCAACCAUAAAAAGACGCACUCCGAAAACCUCCACCACUGUACCUUGUGCCUCCAGACUUUCCCUGACCCCCUCGCCCUCCAGAUCCACUCCCAGAUGAAGCGCCACUGCUGCCCAGACUGUGGCAAGACCUUCUGUCUCAUCUCGCACCUCCAGAACCACAUGGAGGUGCACUCCAAGGACCGCACCCUGGUCUGCAGCCCCUGCCAUCAGAGCUUCCCCAACCCAGCCAGGUACCAACAACACCAGGACCUGCACCACCGGGCCCAGGGGCAUUAUCAACAACACAACAUGCAAAUGGAGGAUGACCUAGGCUGGGACUCGGGACUAGACCGAACCAUGGGGAUCCAAGGCAUGCCCAAGCUGAUACCGGCGUUUGCCCACAUGCACGGCGGCAUGCCCAACCCACAGGACCAGCAGGAGAGCAACGAGGCUCACGGCACAGGGGAGAAGAGCCAUGUAUGUGAGCACUGCGGCCGCACCUACCGCCACGCCGGUUCCCUCCUCAACCAUAAGAACAGCCACAAGACAGGCUCCUUCUUCUGCUCCGUGUGCCAGAAGGAGUUCACCAACCUGAUGGCGCUGAAGAACCACCGGCGCAUCCACACUGAGCCCAAGCGCUACCAGUGCCUGGAGUGCGGCAAGGCCUUCCGCGUGUCCACCCAGCUCAUCUGCCACCGGAGGAUCCACACCAAAGAGAAGCCCUUCUCCUGCUUGUUGUGCGACAAGCGCUUCUCCAGCAAGUCAAACCUGCGCCACCACCAGAAGAUGCACCAGAGUGGUGGCCAGGCCUACGAGUCCUCCUUCGGCAUGGAUGCUAACAGUUUUAUGGAUUUGGACAUGGGCUCUUUUCUCUGAGUCAGGACUCAGAGAAGAGUGGUUUUCUUCAUUUUAGAGAAAGUGUCAAAUAGUUAUUAUAUUAUUCCCCCCAUCCACUGGGCACCUAUCAGUAAUUGUGAAGUGGCGUGUUCCACAAAGCCCAAGUAGAGACAGUGUUUAGUCUUGAUGUUGAACUCUUCAAAGCUGCCUCACAAACAUUUCAUUUUUCAGAUUAUGCUUUGGUCAUACACUUUUGGACUGGUAGAAGGAUUUCUGAUCUUACCUCGAGCAGGGAUUGUGGCACUGUAAAAAUACCCAGACCGGCACAGGCGAGUGUCUGUCAAAUCUUUUAUAGGAUGGAAUGUUUUCCCAUGGAGUACACAGUCAUUUAAUCGUUUGACGCUAUAGGAGUGAGAACUAUUGAACCUCCUUCCAUACUGACUGUAUCAAUGUCCUCCUCACAAGGUAGACUCCAGUCAAUUUCCCAACCAAAGCGAACCGAUGUAACAGAACUGCUUCAGCCCAGUUCCUGCAUGUGAGCUUGAUUCACACAUGAAUUACUCAUAUUUUUAUGAGAAAAGUGCUGUUCUGAAAUUGUAAUUUCCUCUCGCUAUCUAUUACUGUGUUCAGUGCCUCCGUAGGUUCAUUUCUCUGCUGUGCUUAUCAAAAGUGCGGUCUGUUCUCAAUAUUGCCAUAGGUUAGAGAGAAGUGGUUGAUUUGACCUUUUCUGAUGUGGCUUCAAUAAGGACAACCCUGUCCGGGAGAUGACCUCUAGGCUUACCCAGAGGAUGAUAUCAAAGGUAUUUACUGAAAUCAUGUAAACAAGUAAAUGGUUUUAGGAAUGAUGAUAUUUGGGUUCACCUUUGAGUGACAUUGUAUGCUAAAUGGACAUAUUUAAUUAUUUAUUUAUGUUAUUUUUGAUUUAUUUUCUAUUUUUCUGUGUAUACUUUGAUAUAUCACAGUUUCUAUGAAUGAUACCUUGACUCUUAAGAAAUAUCCUAUGUAGCGUUUAAGGAAAUUCUUCAAUCUGUAAUUCCAUUAUUCUCAAUUAGUGCGACUCCAACACAGGUAGGAAUGCAUUAGCCAAGGACAGUGGUCUUGCCAGCACUGUGGUUUUGCCACACAGAAAAUAUCUGAUGUGCAAAGCAUUGUAGAUAAUUAUCAAUGUCGGAGUUGGGCAUGACUUUAUUUUUACAGGUGCCAUUUCUCACCCAUGUCUUGUUCAAAUAAGAAUUGUAGGUUUUGUUGUCCAUAAUCCCCCUCAACAAUUUUCAUACGUUGCAAACCCUUAAAAUACGAUACACAUGCUUUUGACUUCUCAAACUUUCAAAGGUAUGUUUGCGUCAGUCCGUAAAAUGAAAGUCAAAAGUGUAGAAUUAUCGUGUUGUGAAAGCCUACUUCAUACUUAUGAUACAAAGUAUUUAUUUCUGUCUAAUUUUAAUGGUUAUUGUAUUUCUGUUAAUGUUUCAUAAUGAAUUCUUUUUAACUUUGAAAAGGUAGAGAUGAAUCUACAGAAUUUUGUUUUACCACUCAUCUAACACAAGCUCCAGUGUUCAAACUUGUCAACAUUGUUGGUUGCUUCAACCAUGUUGACCGCAACGUGUAUCCAGAAGCGCAUGUUGAUCACCACUAUUUGAGAAAUGGUUUGGUGUCUUUGGAAAAAGCAAUUUGUGGUCAUAUAACCUUUACAUAAAUGUGCAAUGAAGUUAAAUCUAGGAUUUAUCUUAGGUUUGCAAUGCCUACCAGAAAAGGUGCCUAUCAUGUACAAAACAGUGCAUCUUUUCAGUAACACUGUAAUGGCAAUUUUUUGGGGGGGAAACACAAGUAGGAAGCGGAGAUCCUUUAGGUUUAAAACCGCAGAGGGCCUUGUUUGGGGGUGUGGUCCCAGUACAUCAUGAAAUGUAUAACUGACACCACAAUGUGUUUUUCUUGGUUUUCUUUAUGUCAUAGCCUAUAUGUAUUUAAUAUACACUAUAUAAAGUGUAUUCGGAAAGUA